CUGCCAACAGGCAGCCCCGGCCUGGCAGCUGGGCUGUGCACCUGCUCCGCAGGGCCGUGGGGAACGGUGCCUGCUCUUCGCCUGGCAGAAACGGGGCCCUACGUCCUGGAUGGGGUGGAGAAGGGAAACCGCCCUCCCCUGCCCACUCACGCUGGGAGCUCAGCCGGCAGAAUCCCACCGGCCCGAGCAAUGUGGAGCAGAUGAGCCCUCCGAGAUCCUGCAACGCCUCAAGAGAGAGCCGGCAAAGAAACUGGAGCAUCCCUGAGGAAGCCUCUGUGCUGCUCGCCUCCUCCUGCCAAGCGGCGCCAGGCAAAGGCAGGGCGAGGAAACGCUCCCUCCCCAGCCCAGAAGAGGCGAGAGAGAAGGAGGCUGUGAGGGCUGCUGAAGAUGUCCGAUAGUCUGGAUAUUGAAGAGAAACCUCCAGCCCCUCCGUUGAGAAUGAACAGCAACAAUCGUGAUUCUUCAGCGUUGAACCACAGCUCCAAACCGCUCCCCAUGGCCCCAGAAGAGAAGAACAAGAAGGCCAGGCUGCGCUCCAUCUUCCCAGGAGGAGGGGAUAAAACCAAUAAGAAGAAAGAGAAAGAGCGUCCUGAGAUCUCUCUUCCUUCAGAUUUUGAACAUACGAUUCAUGUGGGGUUUGAUGCAGUCACCGGGGAAUUCACUCCAGAUCUCUAUGGCUCACAGAUGUGCACAGGGAAGCUCCCAGAGGGAAUUCCAGAGCAGUGGGCCAGGCUGUUACAGACCUCCAAUAUAACAAAACUAGAGCAAAAGAAGAAUCCACAAGCUGUUUUAGAUGUUCUCAAAUUCUACGAUUCCAAAGAGACAGUUAACAACCAGAAAUACAUGAGCUUUACUUCAGGAGAUAAGAGCGCCCACGGAUACAUAGCAGCCCAUCCUUCGAGCACAAAAACUGCAUCAGAACCCCCUUUAGCUCCCCCAGUUUCAGAAGAAGAGGAUGAAGAUGAAGAAGAAGAAGAAGAUGACAAUGAACCUCCACCUGUUAUUGCACCACGACCUGAGCAUACAAAAUCAAUCUACACUCGGUCUGUAAUUGAACCUGUUGCUGCACCAGCACUAGUUAAAGAGGCUACAACCCCUCAGCCUGAGAACUCAAACACCAACACUUUGUACAGAAACACGGACCGGCAACGAAAAAAAUCCAAGAUGACGGAUGAAGAGAUCCUAGAGAAAUUGAGAAGCAUUGUGAGUGUUGGUGACCCUAAGAAGAAAUAUACACGAUUUGAAAAAAUUGGUCAAGGGGCAUCGGGUACUGUUUAUACAGCAAUAGACAUUGCCACAGGACAAGAGGUGGCCAUAAAGCAAAUGAAUCUCCAGCAACAGCCUAAAAAGGAACUAAUUAUUAAUGAAAUCCUGGUCAUGAGGGAAAAUAAGAACUCUAAUAUUGUUAACUAUUUAGACAGCUACCUAGUAGGCGAUGAACUUUGGGUAGUUAUGGAAUACUUGGCAGGAGGCUCUUUAACGGACGUUGUUACUGAGACCUGUAUGGAUGAAGGACAGAUAGCAGCUGUCUGUAGGGAGUGCCUGCAAGCGCUGGAUUUCUUGCAUUCAAACCAAGUGAUCCAUAGAGACAUCAAGAGUGACAACAUUCUUCUCGGGAUGGAUGGAUCUGUCAAAUUGACUGAUUUUGGGUUUUGUGCUCAGAUCACACCUGAGCAGAGCAAACGGAGCACAAUGGUGGGGACUCCCUACUGGAUGGCACCGGAAGUAGUGACAAGGAAAGCAUAUGGCCCCAAAGUUGACAUCUGGUCCUUAGGAAUCAUGGCAAUAGAAAUGGUGGAAGGAGAACCCCCGUACCUUAAUGAAAAUCCUCUCAGGGCUUUGUAUCUGAUAGCUACUAAUGGAACCCCAGAACUUCAGAAUCCUGAGAGACUCUCUGCUGUGUUCCGAGACUUUCUGAACCGCUGUCUGGAAAUGGACGUAGACAGACGAGGGUCUGCCAAGGAGCUUUUACAGCAUCCAUUUUUGAAAUUAGCCAAGCCUCUCUCCAGCCUGACUCCUCUCAUCAUUGCAGCAAAGGAAGCAAUUAAGAACAGCAGCCGCUAGCAUUGUGGACUGGCUUUACCCCAGGCCAGCUCCCUCCAGAGCGGGACUGAACAAAACUCUGUCAAACCUCAAUUCUUGUGCUGCAGGACAGGCAGACAUAAGGACAAACAGUCACAGUCAUGAUGGAGGCCAGCUGUUUUCCAGCUCUUCGAGGACUAGAAACCUAUCACGUGUCUUCUUCCUGCUCUCUGAUUUCUUAAUUUAUUUCUCAGAUGAAACAGGGCCCAAAACCGAGCUGCCAGGCCAGAAAUCGCCUUGUUGUCUCAGCCAUCUCCACGGUCAAACAAACUCAGUAGCGAGACUCCCAGUGACCAUCCUGUGCAUUUCACUUUUAAAUGAUUGGUUGGUUCUUAAAGAUUCACAAUCACUUUUCUGAGUUUUUUGGUUUGGUUUGGAAUGGAAGAAGGGUCCUCCUGCAUUAAGAAACCUCCUCCAGGCUGAGUUGUCUUUUGAAUACAACCCAUUUGCUAGUAUUUGCCCAUUCAUGGUACCAUUAGAUGGUAAGGAUGAAAGUGAAAGUGCUUUUCCAACCAAAAAUAAAUCACCCGCCGAGCAGGAAGAGCAUCCUGAUGAGAUACAUGCUUUCAACCGUGAACAUACAGAGUUCGGGUCCUUGGCAGCAUGAUUUGUGCAAUUAACAAUGGUACUUUUGCCUUGGUGAGGUUCUUGUAAACUGAAAAGCGGAAAGGUCAGCAAGUUUGCUCAGAAAGGGCUCGUCUGCUACAAAGCUGUAAUGCAAAUGGCAGCCCAGUCUUGCUAGGUGCUGAAUCUCUCCUGCAAAGUGCUCAGCACACAACUUCCCCAGCAGUGCGAUAGACAGGCACUCCCACUGAAGGGAGCCGAGGACGCUCAGCCCCUUUGCAGACGGGAGGCACUCAGCGCCCUGUGAGAUUGCACCAGCUAUUCAUAGCAUGAGACCCUAACCAACAGUAGGCUGAAAUCUGCUAUCGACUGCCUCCAUGCCAAUGCAGCCCUAUUUAAAUUUGGGUUUGCACAGAUUUAAUAGAGGGGCAGAAUUCAGCCUAGCGAUUGUGUGAACCGAGUUUGCCCAUCCCCAUGGCUGGCUUAUGACGGCUGAAAAAGGACAGGUAGCGUCUGUAAAAUUCCCAAUCAAUUAGGCAGCCCAGUGCUCUAAACUGUUACUCCGGUGAGUGCCCCUUAGUCAUGUGAAUAAUUCUAUUGAAAAUGUUGGGGCUACUCAAGUAAGAGUUUGCAGGAUUUCAUUCUGCAUGAGCUCUCCUGCCAAUGCAACAAACGAGGGUGGAGGAAAUGUAUUUAAACAAGGGUUUUGUAGUGCUGGGUGAAGGGAGGGAAAGGUAAAUGCAGUGUAGAGUACAUAAAUACUCUUAGGCCAUAAACUGGGUCAGCCUUUAACUCUCCCCUCAAUGCAUGCACCAAACUCACCUUAAUGCUAGUAUGUGUAUGUCGAGGAGAGAAUAAUGGCUGGAAAUGACUGAGGAUUGUACUGGCUCGUAAAUUUAUUUGUAAAGGAGCAGAAAAAAAUCAACAAUUUGUAUUAUGUGAACGGACAGACCUGGUUGGCUUUCACUCAGCAAAGUAAUGUGUAUGGACUAUUUGCUGCUGGAUUUUAGGGUUAAUACUACAUUUAAAAAUCAAAGCCCUUCGAAACAACAGUAGGAUGUGGCUAUUGGUAGUGGGGAGCCUGCCUCUGUAAAAAUAAAAAUAAAUCCUCGAAUGUAGAUCAACGUGACUUCACAUUUAGUUUUUGAUACUGCAAGGAGCUGAGCGUUCCUGAGAGGUGCUAAGCAUCCUCAACUCGUUGUCAUUAGUAAGAGUUAAGGGUGCUUAGGCCUUGAGCCUUCGUUUGGCUUUGGAUUUUAGUGAUAUCUUUGGGUUGUGACUUUCAUUAAUAUUGCCAGCUGGCUGACCCUCAUUAUUUGUCCACCUCAGUUUCUUUGGGGUUUGACUGAGGCAGUGUUUAUUAGUUUACCAUACUCAGCUGCUAAUUAACUUUCCCCCAUCUCCUGGGAUGCAGAACAAGUUUUUGUUUUAUGCCCAAAUAAGUAAAGAUUCUUCUUCUGUAGUGGGAUCAUUUUUGUCUUUGUCAACUCAGGUUAGACAUCUAGGAGAUGGGAGUUUAGGCUUCUUUGAAAAUCCAGUGAUUCAAGCUCACGAACCUUAUUUUGUAAAGAAUCAGUCGUAAAGAAAUGAAUUUAAAUUCCACAUAGAAGUAAAGGGGCAAGUGACAGUUUCUAUUUCCAGGGUAGCUUUUUCUUGUCUUUGUAUCCACAAAGGUGCGUACAUCCGUCCCUUGAAAGGAAAGCACUUUCUGUGGAGCAUUUCUGCUGGAUAUCCAGAACAAAUCUUUUUUGGGAGGUUAUGCUAUUCGAUUUGUUGGGUUUUUUCCCUAGUUGUUAUCUUCAGCUAUAAAUAUUUUGCCUUUUUAUCCCAGCCCCACGCUUCAAAGAAAAAAUUUAAAAAGGUAUAAUCAAAGAUAUACACUUCAGAAUGGUGUAUGCUCCAGUGUGUGAAAUAUUGUUGACACUGGCUUUUUAAAUGCAACUGCUUUAAUAAGAGGCCUUAAUUUUUAUUUUAUUUGUAAAAAUAUUUAUUUUAUUUUGCAGCAGCAAAUCCAGAGAUUUUACUUUUUAAAAAGAUUCCUCGCAUGCCGACAAGAUUCAAUAGAAAUCCAGUUCCUGCCAGUGAUUGCAUCCAGCACACAAGCUAUAAGUGCCCAGCUGAGAACUCUGUAAAAGGGACCGUUUACUUUAUGUCCCUUUAUCUAAGGGAGUAGUAGCAUUCCUACAGCUCUUCGCUUGGGAGAUUCUGUGGCACUAAAUGCUUCAAGCCAGUGGAUGCAGAAAGAUAGCAGCUGCUUUUAUAUCCUCCUGGAUUUGGAGGCAGACUUGGAAGUGGAAAACAAUCCUGAAAGAGACAGGCCUUGUGUGUGAAUUACAGAAUUGAAAAAUAGCACAUCAGGAUAGGCAUUGCCUUUGCAGAACAAAAAAGAUGUCAGCAAUCAGAUAAAUCUCUGGUACCAUCUUGUUUUUUGAGAGCCGUCCCUGGUUUAGGCAGUUAUUUAUGUAUAUUUUAAGGAGUAUUAGAGAUAAGCUGUUCCUCCUGCCAAAAGCAUAUAUAAAGAUAAACAUACUGUACAUGUUUCAGACACUUUCAUUCCAGGUAUUAAUAGACUGAUUAAUUGCCUUUUCCUAUUUUAUUUUUAAAUUCAUAAUACAGUAAAGAACUUCCCGAUCUCAAAUGUUGUUCCAGUCCCCUAUAAUGAUGAGGUGUGAAAAUGGCCGUUAGCUCGCCAGGGUUCCGAAAGGUCCUAGGACAGGAGCAAGAAAGCUGUAAAAUCAGGGAAGUUUGAGAAGCACAGUACAGAUUAUUUAUUUAAGAAAAUGGAAAAGGAAAAAAAAAAAAGCCUUACAUGUAACAAGGCUUCUGCAUGCAUUCACGGGAGCCAGAGGAAUUGCUGGAUCUUACAGUGCUCUCAGGUUUUGGUCACAGUAUCGGGCAAAGGUUGCGUUAUCACCUGUUGUGUCUUUCUGCUUUUGUAAAUACGUAUGUGUCUGUUUUCCAUCACUGGCUACUGGUUGGCCAAAUCUCAUUGUACACAUAUGAACUCAGUUAUUUAUUUAUUCUGUUGUCGUUCAGGUUUCUUUGAGGCUAAUGAGAGCACCUCAACAUUAUAGUUCCUAUCAGCCCAUCCCCCCAAUUUCUGCCCCAAACACAUUCCAGUCACUAAAGAAGGGAAAUACUAAAUCAUAUCCAAUUGCCUAUGUAGUUGUUACUUCCAAUAUGGAGUCAUAGUUUUGGCUACAUAAGGAGUAUUCCUCAAUACUGCACAUGAAGCAUGUAAAUAAAUAUAUUUCUUUGCUCAGCGGGUUUGCAUACGACUUGGUUGACAAGCCAGAGAGAUUCCAUAAAAUCUACCAAUGAAGGCAGGAAGAAAUGUCGCUUUGCUUGAAACACAAGGGCAUGCACAGCAAAGCUAGAAUAGCCUUUCUGAGCUGUAUAAAAGGCCACUAGCCUGCAUCUUUCCCCAAUGGAGUAUCAUUCAUUCACACUCAGUAACUUAAAGCUGAGCGGUGGGGGGAAGUGACUAAGGCCCAGAAGCAAAGCCUCCAGCUUUCAAGAUAGUUAUUCUCUUGGACUGGGCAAGUACCUUCAUUUUUAAACCAUAUUUUUCAGGACAAGGGAAAGGACCACCUUUGUGUUUCAAGAACGACCGUUCUGAUAUCUCGCUCGGGUUUCUACCAGAGCAUCUGCAUCUUGAGAUCUUCAGGUAUCUUUAAAACACCUCAUUGCUCAUGCCCAUCCUUGAUCUAAAGUGAUAGUUCUCUAGGUGAACCCUGCAGAAUCUUGCUUACCCCUUCCCCUGUUUAUGAAUGGUUCAGAGAUGAGUCAGCACACUGGGGUUGUGUCACAAAUGCAUAAAACCCUACUUGGAGGUGAAAUCUACCUGUUUUGGCUCAACGCUUGGGUUGUGUGGAUCUUUGGGAAUAUCUGCAGUCUCAAAAAGGGUAUGGGGGAAAGAAGCUUAUGUUCUCUUCAUUGGUGCCUUCUGGUCAGUCAUCGGUCUGAUUCUGCAAAUACUAUCACUGCUUAGCUAUUCUUCUGAGUAAGCACUAAGUUUCAGAAUCUGACCGUGACUAAGGAAAUUGUGGGUAACAUCAUAUAUUAGUGUUAAAGUUGCUUUAAUGAAAAAUGACCUUUUUUUUACUUUUGGAGCAUGGUGGCUUUGCACCUGACAUUUUCCCAAAGGAUUAAAAAUGCCUGCAUUAGCAUCUGUGUGCCAGGUGCAGCUGUCUCCGAGCCAGUGGGGCCCACAUUCAUAGCCACUCAUGCUUAGUGCUCAAUUACUGCAAGGCAUGGCCAGUGACACCUGCUUUACCAGUUGCCUACUAAAUGGUGUCAAAGCAAGUAGGGAAAGAGAGGAUUGAAAUCAGGAGCAGUGAGCUGGCAAUCGUUGCAGAUGGAUCUCAGAGGCGACAAUGCACACUUUCAAAUAUGUGUUUGAAUCACAGACUACAAGUGAGGAAAUAUGUGCACCUAGCAAUUAUCAUUUGUGUGUCUUCCCCUUCACUCCCUUCAGGGACUUGGAACAGCUAGACGAAUAGUUCCAAAGAGAGAAGCAAAAGGGGGUUAACCCUCCGCUGUUACGCCUCUUCCUAGUCUCUACAUUUUAUUUGGUUGCUAUUACUCUUUGUGAACCCCUCUCUGCUCCUUCCAUCCUCAGUGGCUUCUAACCAAGUAUCAUUAUCUGAGACAAAGUGGUCACACUUCUCAUUUCAGUCCUUUUUCGAUUGCCUGUUUACAGCAGUGUUUUAAAUCGGCAUCCUCAGCCUGGAGAACAAGUCCCUCGUGGGCAUAACCUCCACUAGAUCACUGCCUGCAAUCCCAAGACAUUCCUGAGCCUGUCUCCCAGAUGUGACAUGUUGGCAUAAUAUAGUAGGAGACUUAAGGGAAUAAUGUUGGCUUGAUUUGUUUUAAACUAAAAUCCUUUUGCUGCUGAAGAUUCUCUGUUUCGUUUGUCCAACCUUACUGUAUGCUUAGGGAACAUACAGGAUCCAGUUCUGCUGUCACUGAAAUCAGUAAGAAUUUUGCCAUUGACUUCAAUGACAGCAGCAGCUGGCCCUUAAUUAGCAGGUUCUGAUAAGGCAGAGCCACCCAAACAGAAUGUCACUUUAUGUGCUGGCUGCUGAGAAGUAUUCUCUGGAUAAGCAGGGAUGUGCAAGAGGGUCAGACCCAGCCUUUUCUUUCGCACGUGGUGCUUUACAUGUAAUAGGCCGAAUGUUGCACUUUUGAGGCAUUCUUUUGCAUCCAUGCCUGCUAAGAUUUUGACCACUGAACUUCCAGGUUACAAACAAAAUGUGUGCACAAUUGCUUUGAAUCUUUAUAUUCGUCUUAGGCCGUGUUAAUAAAUCUGUCUGUAGAACAACAACAGAAAAAGGCUGGUCAACUCUUCGGUUGCAGAUCCCAUAGUCUGGCUGCUUGGACUUGGAGGGUGAGUGAGCUACGGACAUGACCCAAUUGCAAAGUACUGCACGGACCAGAAGGCCAUGGUGGAAAUAAUAACUAACCUUAUGGGUAGAACUUGAGUCCAGGGGCUACACCAGGGAGUUAUUCUAGAGCUUGUAUAUGUAUAUACUGCACUGCAUGUGCUGUACACACAUAUACACAUACAUUCUAGUAAGAUCUGGCAAAAGAAUCCUGCAACCAUUAACUGGCUUGAGUUUUAACUACCUGUAAACUCCCGGUCAAUCAGAAGCAACUAGUUUACAGCUAUACUAGUGUCUGCUGGGUUUUUCUUCAGGGUACCCAGACAAAAGUAAACAGGAGGAUCCUACAUUUUCAUUGUUUAUCAAAAAUGUAUCUCAUUUUGCUGUACAUUCCUUUUUUUAGGAUGUGUUUAUCUGUAAAAAAAAAAAAGUGUGUAGUGAAAUUCUUCUGUAACUUUGGAUUAAGAGGUACUUACGAUCUUUUUAAAAAGAGAACUAAGUUAUUUACUUUGUAAAUAUGCUGAUGGCAUGGAUCCAUCGUACUGACCUCAGCAUCCAUUUUUUUAAAAGAAUUUUUUCUUUCCAACAUUAAGUUAUUUUAAAUUGUGGUUGAAGCAAUAGAAAAUUGAAAUAUGGAUUGUGCAUGACUGUGUCUUGAGUGUAAAAAUAUUGCAGUUUGAAACUUGGACCUAAAGUAUUGCAAAUAAAAGUUAUAAAUACCACC